UGUUUUAAUGACGUCUGUCUGAUUGAGAACGCGCCAGAGCUUGUGGAAGCAAAGAUCGAAGAUGUUUCUGAUGUAGACAAUGAAAACAUUCUUGCGUCUCUAACUUCAGCCAAGCGUCUUUCCUUUUACUUUCCCUUAGAGAUUAAGUAUCCUAUUGGAACCAUCUUCUAUCAGCUGGUAUCUUUGGAGCUACAUAUACAAGGAACAAAUGGGUGGAAUCUAUUUUCAUUCAUGCUCGAUAGCUCUCCUAAAUUGCAAUCCAUCAAACUCGACAGCCAAAAUUGAUGGUGAAAGUUCGAGAACUGAAGAUGUUAUGAAUAAGGAUAUAAUCAGUGAGUUGCCUGAAGCGUUGCUCCUGCAUAUAUUGUCUUAUGUUCCAACAAAAGAUAUCAUAGCCACUAGUGUUUUGUCUAAACGGUGGAGAUCUGUUUGGAAGAUGGUGUCAAAGCUCAGUUUUGAUACUGAUAUUGACCAUUUCUCUACAGAGGAUGUUUACAGGUUACUGAUUUUGCAUAAAGCUCCAUUCCUGGAAAGUUUGUAUUUGUACAUUCACAAUACAAGUGCUCGUUUGAAUAUUGGUUUCGUGAUUGGAAUCGCAUUUUCACGCCAUGUGCGCGAAUUGGUGAUGGUUCUCUUCCAUGAGGAUCAAACGAGAGUAAGGUUUCCGAGUGUGUUGUGUAGCUAUAACAAUACACUGGAGGUAUUAAAUCUCAGCCAGGACCUUCUUUUAGACUUUCCUUCUCGGGUUUGUUUCAGUGCCCUUAGAGAGCUGCAUCUCUGCCUCGUGAUAUUCAAAGAUGAAGCAUCUGUUUGCAACCUUUUAUCUGGAUGCCCUAGGCUUCAAGAUUUGGUGGUGGUUCGAAUUGGCAAUUCUGAUGUGGGGACUUACACUAUUGAUGUGCCAUCAUUACAGAGGCUUACCUUGCAAGUGGAUGGUAGCCACAAUAGAAGUGGUGGUGGUGGCGGCUAUGUCAUAAAUACACCAUCUUUGAAAUACUUGAACAUGGAAUGCCUCUAUUGUAUUGACUUCUGUCUGAUAGAGAAUGCUCCAGAGCUUGUGGAAGCAAAGAUCAAUCAUGUUUCUGAUAUAGACAAUGAGAACAUUCUUGCGUCUCUCACUUCAGCCAAGCGUCUUUCCUUUCUGCCUUUGUAUCUGCCUUUAGAGAUUAAGUAUCCUACCGGCAGCAUCUUCUAUCAGCUGGUCUCUUUGGAGCUGCAUAUACAUAAAAUAAAUGGGUGGAAUCUACUUUCGUUCAUGCUCGAUAGCUCUCCUAAAUUGCAAAUCCUCAAGCUCAUAGGCCGAUAUCGUGAAGAAUGUCCGGUGGGGUGGGAAUGGAAUCAGCCGAAACGUGUGCCAGAAUGUCUGUUGCUCCAUCUGGAGACACUGGUGUGGACAAGAUACGGAUGGCAACGAGAAGAUGAGAAACAAGUGGCCACAUACAUCCUCAAGAACGCUAGACAGUUGAAGAAAGCAUCUUUCCCCAUGGAACAGGAAGAACUGGAAAAGAGUCGUGAGAUGCUGAACGGGUUGGCUAGUUUGGACAGAGGGUCGACCUCAUGUCAUCUUGUGUUCGAAUAAUCCGAAUGAUCUCUAGAACGUUUACUGCUAUAUGUUGGCAAAUGGGAAAUGUGAAGUUCUCAACAUUGGGCUGACAAUUGAUUGACUGAGCUUGGUAAUAUUUUGAGCUGUGCUUUUGUGAACGAAUAUGCACAAGUUUUUCUUAGGUAUAUGUAUUUAGCUGCAGCAUAAGGUGCAAAUCAGUUAUAUACUUUUGUCUCUUUAAGAGGGACGCUACUAAGCUUGCUAAAGUAUAGAGAGUUGCUGUAUUAAAUCUGAGUUGUCAAGAUAACAAUUGGGCUCAUCAA